GCGCCCUGGGACCUAAGUGAUGUCCCGCCCCUUCGUGAGCUCAUUGCCGCGCGCCGAGGUCGCGCGGAGCCGGUCCUCGGAAGAGCUGAGGGGCUGUGCAGCCGGGCAGUGAGAGCUGUCUGGCCUUAAGCCCUUCAUCCUUGGGGAAGGAAAUGACUAACCAGUACAGUAUUCUCUUCAAACAAGAGCAAGCCCAUGAUGAUGCCAUUUGGUCAGUUGCCUGGGGGACAAACAAGAAAGAAAACUCAGAGACAGUGGUCACAGGAUCCCUGGAUGACCUGGUGAAGGUCUGGAAAUGGCGUGAUGAGAAGCUGGAUCUACAGUGGAGCCUGGAGGGCCAUCAGCUGGGUGUGGUGUCUGUGGACAUAAGCCACACCCUGCCCAUUGCUGCAUCCAGUUCUCUUGAUGCUCAUAUUCGUCUCUGGGACUUGGAAAACGGCAAACAGAUAAAGUCUAUAGAUGCAGGACCUGUGGAUGCCUGGACUUUGGCCUUUUCUCCUGAUUCCCAGUAUCUGGCCACAGGAACUCAUGUGGGGAAAGUGAACAUUUUUGGUGUUGAAAGUGGGAAAAAGGAAUAUUCUUUGGACACAAGAGGAAAAUUCAUUCUUAGUAUUGCAUAUAGUCCUGAUGGGAAGUAUCUGGCCAGUGGCGCUAUAGACGGAAUCAUCAAUAUUUUUGAUAUUGCAACUGGAAAACUUCUUCAUACGCUGGAAGGCCAUGCUAUGCCCAUUCGCUCCUUGACUUUUUCCCCGGAUUCGCAGCUCCUUGUCACUGCUUCAGAUGAUGGCUACAUCAAGAUCUAUGACGUACAACAUGCCAACUUGGCUGGCACACUGAGUGGCCAUGCAUCCUGGGUGUUGAAUGUUGCAUUUUGUCCAGAUGACACACACUUUGUUUCCAGUUCAUCUGACAAAAGUGUAAAAGUUUGGGAUGUUGGAACGAGGACAUGUGUUCACACCUUCUUUGAUCACCAGGAUCAGGUCUGGGGAGUAAAAUACAAUGGAAAUGGCUCAAAAAUUGUGUCUGUUGGAGAUGACCAGGAAAUUCACAUCUAUGAUUGUCCAAUUUAAACGUCAAAGUCCUCCAGGCUAAAGCUGCAAAGAGAAUGUAUAGCUUGAUCAUGACAUUCCUUACCUUUCUAACUUGUUUAAAAGAAGUAUAGCAUUUAUUGUAGCAAAAACUUAAAUUUUAUAGAAACAGUAUAAAUCUUUUCAUGUUUUAUUGGAAAUGCCGUUAAUAGUUUAACAUAAAGAACUCUUAAUGCAAACAUCUGCGUUCUUGAACAUGCUUCUUUUUGAUCUGCCCUCUUCCUGGUAGAACUGUGAGAGGAAUGGGCAUCAUUAUGUGAAAGCGGGUAUCUGGCCUCGGCAAUGAAGACAUCCAGGCACUUACUGUGCUUUCCAGGGUAGAAAUUCAGGCUCACUCUUCCAGGGCACAAGUCGUGCAGAAGCUGUGAUAGGAAGCUAACCUAUUUCAGAAUAAGUCCUAAAGGAGACAGGACAUUGACUGGGUGCGAACAUUCUGUGGUCCUAUCUGGGCAUUCUCUUGACAGAUUAAAAACGUGCCUUGCCCCACACCCUUUUUCACCCUAUUAGUUUUAGAGAAGUCUUACUUGCUGGGUGGAUACUGCUGCCUUAACAGUGUCUACAGGUUCCAGCCUGUACCUACUCUGGUUAACCUCCAGCCCUGCCUCCGUUAUCCCGGAGUACCUGUUCCUCAUUUCUUCUCAGCAGCCCACUUGAGACAUGGUCUGCAUGUGAAUGGGAAAGGAGUAAGUAACUAAAACUCUGAAGCUUGUUGCUUUUUACUGAUCCUAAUUUCAUAUGCUUCAUGUCAGGUCCCAUGCCUUUCCUUCAAACUGUCCCCAUAACCCUUUGCAUCAAACUGUGCUCUUUACUGUAGCCCCUUGCUUCUCUCCUGCCUCUUGGCCUGGUUCACCCUCCUCUAACCACAUAGCCCUUCCAUUUCCUCUCUCUAGAAGGUUCCCUCCCUCAGACUUUCAGAGGUCUCAUUGCUUUCAGGUAGUUGCUCAGGUGUCAGCUCCCAGUAGAGGCCUUCCCCUGGUCCCUUUCCCAAUACUCUCCUUCUUCACUGCAGUCAUCAUUACCUGAUGUUUGCAUUUAUCCCCCGUCCCCAAAGUAUAAGCUUGAUGAGUAGAAACUUCAUUGUAUCAACCAAUAUGAGGCAAACUGGCACUUAGCACUGUUCUUUGGAGCUCAAGAAAAUGGAAGGGAAAAAAAAAAAAAAAAAAAGCCCAAAACCAUCUGUCUCUCAUACCAGCUUGAUUUUAAUUUUAAGCUGACAAAUGUACAGGUGGCAUAAAUUUCAAGCAACACCCUCCAAAUUCUAUUACAUGACAAGGAGCUGAAUGUAAUUUUGCCCCAUCAUCAACUAGACAGUAAUUUUCUAGCAGUAAUUUAUUAGGAAGUCACAGCACAGAAACAAAACACCCUGGAGUUGUGGUCCAUUUGUAAAUUGAUUUUCAUAUAGGCUUAUUUGAAAGAAUAGGUUUUAUGUCUUUCCUGACUAUUGGUCAAAGUGGGACAGGUAGGCUUUUUUAUACCUUAUUUGCGCAAAUUGUGCCCACCCACUAGUCAGCAAUCUUCUGCUGGAGACUGGUCCAUCCUCUGGACCUACCUGCCAUGGGUCUGAUCUGCCCUUUGGCCCUCCUGGGGAGGUCCCUGGCCUCAGUCAAACUCUCAGGUACUGUAUAACCAAGUAAGGGUGUAUCUGAAAAGUGGCCUCUGCUUUAACCCAGCAGCUUAGAAGGCAGCAAUUUUUCUUUGUGAGUAUUGCGGGAAGGAAAGGAGUAGUGGCUAAAGGUUGAGGUAGCCCUAAAUUUAAACUGUAGUCUACCUGCCAGAAAAUUAAUGACUCGUGUCCCUUCAAACAAGCUAUCAUUUACAUGGCAGUCUAUAGAGACUGCAGUCCAGAGUAGAGCUUUAGUUCUCACUAAAUAAAACAUUAUCCCUUGAGCAGGAAGCCCUUUGUGAUAUGGCUGUGCAAGGAAAGGAACCAUCCUUUGGAAGGGAGUUGAAUCUGGGAGAAUGAGGUGGGAAACACUGAGAUGUUCUCUGCCUUUCCAGACCCUCAAGUCAUCCAGGAUCAGUGGUCAGACAGGGAAGCUGGCUGUGCCAUGGGGCCGAACCACCAGCAUUCUCCCAAGGCUUCUGUUGCUGCACUGAGGCUGCUGGGGACACGGAUGGUUUCGUUUUCUUUACAAGUAAGCACUUUGGUGGGAGAGCACUGCAAAGGCUG